AUGAGUCUGGCAUUCUGCCAACCGCAGCCGCCGCCUUUGGAUCCACUCGUCGCCGAAAUGAAUCCGCUGUUGCUCAAUGAUCGCGCGCAGCGCGGCGCUGGCGUGAUUUCACGUGUGACCCCUGUCGGCACCAAUUACGUCGCCGGUGUUGUGGCUCAAGCGUUCGCCGCUCAUUUCGCCGACGUGACGCCGCUGAAUGUUGGCCGCGAUCAGAAACUCACCCAAAUCCCGGCGGUGAGUUUGGAACGACUCGCGCUAGAAACGCUUCAACUCGAUCGUCGCCACGUCUCGACGUCGACAAUGGACGGCGUUCUUCGAGUGAAAGUCACCAACGUCUCGAUAAGCGCGUCGUCUCAUAUUGUCGGCGUGCUGCGGACAAUUCGCCUACGCGAUGCGAUCGCCGUGAAGACGCAAUAUUUGCAAUUGGAGGCUGCCAUCGCGGUGAAUCGCAACUCGCACGGCAACCCAUUCUUAAAGCUGGAUGGUUGCAAAGUCCGCACUCAAGGGAUUAAGCUGGUGACGAAGCCAAUGGAUCCGAGGAACGGGAAAAUGUUGGCGGACGCCAUCGCCGCCGACGCGAGCACGAUAUUCAGCGGAAUGCUGUGCGCCAAAAUCGACAGCAUUCUCAUGAAGCGCGUCAAUCAGCGAUUCGCGUUGCUGCCGUCGAAAAUCUCGCUUGAGGACUCGAGGAAGUUCGACAUCGUCAAAAUCAUCAUUCAAGCCGAAGAGCGAAUGAAGCGCCAACAGAGCGCGCUGAGGCGGCGGCCGUCGACGGGCCGCCCGACGCCAAUCGCAAUGGUGCGAAGUCGGCCACGCGCGCCGAUGCGAAUUCGCAAUAAGCGGCAACAGAUGCACAUUCUGCUGAGCUCGUUCAAUUUUAGUCGCGCCGACAACCUGAUGCUCGAUUAUGCGAUGCUCGCCGCCCCAUCGCUCACCGCGCGCGGCAUCGAGCUCAUCACGUCCGGCGAGGUGUUCCGCACCGGACACACGACGCCGUUCGGCGCCGGACCGAUUUCGUUGCUGGCGAGCGUCUCGCCGACGAUGCUCCAAAUCAUGGUGUCCGAUUUUGUGCCAAACUCGCUGAUGUACCAUGGUCAUCGGAUUCGAUUGUUCGACACGCGCAUCGAUUGGAACACACCGCAAUUCGGGCCGGUGAUGCGGACCACUUGCGAUCUGUCGACAGGCUCGCUGUUCUGCAUUGGCGAUCUGUUCCCGGCGCUCAGGGACAUGCUUCCCGGACGCAACAUCGCCUUUCUGUUCAGCACACUGAAAGCGCCGGCUGUGAUUGUGCAGCCCGAAGAGAACGGCGGAAUCCAUUUCAAUCUGAUCGGAUUGAUUCGCGUGAUUUCUGAUCGCGAUGAGCCUAUUGGAGAGAUGGAGAUUCGCAUCGAAGCAUUCAUGAAGAUGAAGCUCACGUCGAAAGUGGUAAAGGGCAAAGUGACAAUCGAGGAGAUCCAAUUCACCUCGCGGACCCCUCGAAUUUUGCUGCAAGAGGAGCUCGACGACGCCGGAUUCUUGUCGAGGGAAAUCCUGCAACGAAUGGUCAAUGAUAUUCUGAGGCAAGGCGUUCCCAUCCCAAUCCAUCCGCUGUUCAAGCUAGUGAAACCGAAGUUGACACUGGCUCGACGCGCGAUGCUUCUCGAGACGAAUUUUCUGCUCAAUGAGCACAUAAUUGCUCAAUUGACUGCCGAAACCCUAGUGGCUUGA